AAUCCAUUGUUACCUAUUGUAAAGGAAUGGAUUGUAGCAUCGUACCCUGGGAACCUGGUCUCCAUGUGUGUCCAGGGACAACUGCAAUCCACUGUACCCAAAAAACAUCGAUUACUUCCUAAAUCGGAAAAUCCCUCCACUGCACAGAGAGAGAGAGAGAGAGAGAGAGAGAGAAAGAUGGCAGUAGAAAGCUUCGUGGAGAUAGGAAUACCUCAGCAGAGAUGCUACAAUGGCAGCGUCUUCCCCACUGUUCUAUCCCCAAACCCCGCCUCUCACUUCGAUCUCUCUGCCCUCACCCAGGCCGUCAAGGCCCACAAGCCGUGGGUCGAAGCUCGCCUCCACUCCGCCGGCGCCCUUCUCCUCCGGGGCUUUCCGGUUGCCACGCCCUCCGAUUUCAACGACGUCGUCGAGGCCUUCGGCUUCCCCGAGCUGCCCUACGUCGGCGGCGCCGCCCCUCGCUCCAACGUCGUUGGUCGGGUCUUCACCGCCAACGAGUCGCCGCCCGAUCGGAAGAUUCCGUUCCAUCACGAAAUGGCUCAGGUUCCUGAGUUUCCUUCCAAACUGUUUUUCUUUUGUGAAGUAGAACCAGCGAGUGGGGGAGAAACUCCAAUAGUUCGUAGCCAUAUUGUCUACAAGAGGAUGAAAGAGAGAUACCCAGAAUUUGUUGAACGAUUAGAGCAACAUGGGUUGCUUUAUACACGGGUAUUGGGGGAAGAGGAUGACCCUUCAUCUCCAAUUGGCCGUGGGUGGAAAUCAACAUUCUUGACCAAAGACAAGAACACGGCAGAGGAGAGGGCUGCUGGUCUGGGAAUGAAGUUGGAGUGGUUGGAGGAUACAGUGAAAACAAUUAUGGGUCCAAUCCCAGCUAUUAAAUUUGAUGAAACGCGACAACAGAAGAUAUGGUUCAACAGCAUGGUGGCUGCCUAUACAGGCUGGGAAGAUGCACGUAACGAUCCUGUGAAGGCUGUCACCUUUGGGGAUGGCAAACCACUGCCAGCAGAUAUCAUCUACGACUGUCUGAAAAUACUUGAUGAGGAAAGUGUUGCCAUUCCAUGGCAAAGGGGUGAUGUUUUGCUGCUGGAUAAUUUGGCUGUCCUUCAUUCCAGACGAUCUUUCGACCCACCUCGUCGAGUGCUGGCUUCGCUGUGCAAGUAGAACAGCCGUAUUCUCCACACUUGCAUUAGGUCACCAUGCAGCUGAGGGUGUAUGAAUUUUGGCUACGUCUUCCUUCUAGUUGUAUACUCGUCUAAUCUGUAUCCAUGUGGUCUAUACAGCUUUGAUUGUCCAAUAUAAGAAUUCGCACAUUGCUUGUAAUAGAACAAAAAGGUUGUGUUCUCCAAAAUGAAAUGGCUUUUGUUUAUGGCUGAA